AUGGUGGCGGGAUUCUGCGGAGAGGGAGGACUUGUGAGCAAGAGUGUUGUCAUCGUCGAGGUCGUUGAGGAUGAGAUGGGUGAUCUCUUAGCAUCUGGGAGUGGGGACCCAAACCCUGAUAUGCUAGCUCCUUGGCCACCUUCUCUUCCCCCCCUUCCUUGCGUUGCUCCAUUUGGAAGAUCGACGUCGACUGGGACGAGACGCUUAGCACACCUAGCGGCUGCUUCCAUGCCUGGCCCUGAGUUCGUGGAGCUGGUGUGGGAGAACGGCAGGAUUGCGAUGAGAGGAGGCACUCCACCAAGCAGAUGCGUCGUCUCCGGCCGCUCCGGCGAUGGCCAAGUGGCUUCCAAAGCGACUGAGACUUGCAACGGCGGUCGUCAUUGGCCGUGCCAGUCUCCCAUGCAGCAAGGCCGAGAUUUGGCUCAGUUCGUUGGAUCAGGAUUGUGUCCAGACCCUCAUCUGUCAUCGUCCAGGGCGACCGCACCGAGGGAGUCGAAUUCUCUCAGCAAGCCCGGGAGCACGAACUUUUCUCUCUUCUUACGGCCGCCUGGCGUCCUCCGGGCCGAUGAUAGACGCGCAACCGAAUUGCCAGUAAGAUCGCCAGCCGACGAACAUCUCCCCAGCGCAGAUGCGAAAACUGACAGGAGAGCAGGCAUCGGAGAUGCCCGACAGGCGCCAUUGACCGAGCCAGCAGCGGCCUUUGGAAGACGAACGGAUUUUCCUGACGAUACUUCAGGAAAGACUUUUCCUGACGAACACUCUCAAGUCCUUGGCGGGAAAAACUGUACCCGUGGAAGCAGAAAACCUAACGAUCAAUGCCGGGAUCCGUCGUCGACCGCGGCAGCGAAAGCUGUAGGCAAAACGACGGCCGGUGAGCGACAACCUCGCGACCCAACACCGGCUGCAUCUUCUUCUGUGUGCUCGCGAGAAGCUUCCAACUAUCUGGCGGGUACAUUGAAGAGGAUGCACGAAGACUCCGAAUCGAUAUAUCCAGGUGAAGACGAGGACGAUGAAACAGAAGACGGGAAACGAAACAUGCCGACUCGAAGCAGAACAUCAGUUCACAAUCUUUCGGAAAGAAGACGGGGAGACAGAAUCAACAAGAGAAUGCGCGCCUUGCAAGAACUUCUGCCAAAUUGCGACAAGGUGGAUAAAGCUUCAGUCCUGGAUGAGGUGAUCGAAUAUCUAAAGACCCUUCAGCGUCAAUUACAGAUUAUGUCUUCGACCGGAUCGCCGCUUUUCAUGUCUCCUAUGAUGUUACCCACAGGCGUACAUAACGUGCACGCACCGCAUAUGAAUCAAUUCCCGCUAGGAAUGGGCAUGAGAAUAGGAGCAGGAGCCAAUUGCAGCGCAUUUCAGUUCCCAAUCCCGCCUAUUUCUGGAGCCAGCGCUUUGCCUAGGAGCAACGGAACCGGCAUACCUAUGUUCGGAGUCCAGCCAUAUCCAUAUAUGCCUUUCAUUCCAACCCUAACGCCAUCGAUUCCGGCUGUGGAUGUUUCUGGAGGAAACACUGCAGUUGACCAUGGGGAAUUUACAGCCCCAUCUGGCAAUAGCGAUGUAAUCCAGAACAAGGAAUUCUCAGAAGCUAGAGGUCAUUUCCAGUGUGCCGGUGAAUACUUGUCGAGAGGCAUUGACCCUGUGGACAAUGUCUUAACUCCCUCCCAGCAACAAUGGACAUGCAGGAAAUAGUCGGUCUCUCAAAAGCAAACUGUGCUAAUUUUUUCCCGACGGGAAUGCGUACUUUUGAAGAACGGAGGAUGGAAGAAUUUGAAGAAAGUAGCAUUGACGACAUUCUUUUUCCAAAAUGAUCAUUCACCGCUUGCGUAUUUUACUGGACUAUUAAAGAUGGAGCCGUCUGCUGGUUAACUUGUUUGACAGUCUGACAAAAGGGAAAUCUUUCAUUGUAAACGAUAGCUAUCACAAAAAUGAAAAAAGGUUAAAAG